GUGGAAGAGAAGCUGCUACGGCGACCGUACGCUAAACUGUAUACCUUUUAUCUGGAUUUAGUCUACACGUAUAUGGCAGCUACGUUAAGGUUAUUAUAAUGUGGCAUGGACAUGUUGAACUUUACUGACCAUUAGGAGGUUACACUGUAUGUAUACUGACAUAAAAUCCUGAUCCCUGCCCUCAACAAACAAACAAAAUAUCCAUUUUACAUGGAGUCUAACCCACCUGAUCUGGACCCUAAUAAAGAUGACCUGCCAUUGAGAGCCAACACGAGUCAUAUGUUGGUCAGGCACUAUGUACUGGACCUCACUGUUUCCUUCCAGAGGAAGGUCAUUGGUGGUAACAUCGUACUGUUCCUUGAGCCUGCUAGAGGAGCAGGCGGAUUAGAAGAGCCACUCUCUCUUACCUCAUCCCACCCUGGAGAUGGAGAUCAACGCCCUCCACCUGUCGCAGGUGGUGAAGAAGCCAGGUGUUCUGCUGCUGUCCCACGUGCACCCGAAGACGCAGUGUUGCUUGCAGGAGCGGAAAAAUGUGAAAAAGGCCAGUGUGACGCAAGUAAAACGCCAUGGGCCCAUGACAGCGAGGCCUUCACCUUGAUACUAGACUGCUGCGACCUGCUGGUGUCAGCGGUGGAGGAGGUGGACAUGUCCAGUGUAGUUGGGCUAUGGGAUGUUCUGGAUGGAGACCAGGUGCCCUUGGCCUCCGGGCUGCAUUCUUCAUCCGCUGUAGUACAGAGACUGAUCUCUGUUCCUUCAUCCAGAUGGAAACAACAGCAGGACAUGUAUCUCCAGUGUAGCCGUGCCUGUGCUGCCAGCCACGCGGAGCCCCUCCUCUUCCGCACGGACCGGUGGAGUCUGCAGAUCAGGAAGACGGGGGUUUGCUCCCCGUGUACGUUCCCUUGUGUCCUCAGGAUCUGGUACGAGACCAAACCUACGGGCGGCUCUGUGAGAUGGACCACCGACCAGGAUGGCAGCUGCUGCGUCUACACCGCAGGCUCCCCCAUCAACAACAGGGCGCUCUUCCCGUGCCAGGAGCCGCCUGUCGCCAUGUCAACAUGGCGUGCAUGCGUGAAAGCGCCGUGCGAAUACAUCGCACUGCUGAGUGGAGAGAACCAGGCUGUUCCCUGGCCCGGGGAGACGGGUUUCUUACAGUGGGAUUAUUAUGUUACCAUGCCGAUGCCUGCCUCAACUUUUACUAUAGCGGUAGGGAGAUGGCAGCAAGCCAUAAAAAGGGCUUGCAUGUGCGAAAAAACGGAAAAUGAGGAUCCUUCCACUGAAUUAGACUGUAGUAAGGAUGACUCAGGAAGCAGGAGCACAAAACUUGGCUGUGAUGACCAGAGCUCCCGUCCCGGGCGGGCCCUCUCUGCCGGAGAGGAAGGCCAGCCGAACUUUUGCUCACACGUGGAUUAUCCGUGUCGCUUCACAUGUGAAGUCUCCAGGGCCCAGGUCAUCCUACCCCACCGUGUGUUUGCCCCGUCCUGCCACUUGCGCAGGGUCGAGGACACCGUCCUGCGUCUGGUGCCACUCUGCCUGGCUGCUGCUUACUCUGUCCUUGGUGUCCACCCGUUCUCACGCCUGGACCUUCUCAUUGUUCCUCCUGGGUUCUCCAGUCUGGGAAUGGCCAGCCCACACAUCAUCUUCCUGUCCCAGAGUGUGCUGGCGGGCGAGAGCAGCCUGUGUGGGCAGAGAUUAUGCCAUGAAAUCGCCCACUCCUGGUUCGGCCUGGCCAUCGGGGCGCGGGACUGGACCGAGGAGUGGAUCAGCGAGGGCUUCGCCACCUACCUGGAGGACGUGUUUUGGGCCAGAGUCCAGCAGCUGGGCGACACUGAGGAAGAGGAGCAGAAGGACCUGAAGGCUCUGCUGCGCUGGAGGAGGCUGAGGGAUGAGAUGGGGAACUGUGAAGAAGACCUACAGGUCCUCAGGCCCAGUAAAGACAUGACGGGAGGAGCCAGUGAGUCUGGAUCCUCUGUGGUGAAGCAUGCCCUCAACCCAGCCAAGCCAUUCAUGCAAGUCCACUACCUCAAGGGUUACUUCCUACUGAAGUUCCUGGCUGGUGAGGUGGGUGAGCGUGAGUUCUUGGGCUUCUUCAGAGCCUUCGUGAUGAGAUUCCACGGGCAACUCAUUCUGUCUCAGGACUUCCUUCAGAUAUCCCUGGACACGUUCCCAGCUUUGAGCAGCCGAGGCCUGACCAUUGGAGCGAUUUAUUCAGACUGGCUGGACACACCUGGGAUUCCGAAGUGGCUGCAAGAAGCCAGUUCGAUAUGGUCGCAGAUUCCACCAGUUACAGAAGUCACCCAGGAGGUUGCAAAAUGGAAGCAGCUCCGCGGCGGUGUGGCAAAGGGCACCAAGCGGAAGAGAACAAGGUCCAAGGUGAACUUCAAAGAGUUGCGUGUGGAGCAGCUGCUCCUGCUGCUGGAGUUCCUGCUGGAAGAGGCGGAGCUGAGCGGGAACUGCCUCGGUCUUCUGCAGACGACCUACAGCCUGCGGAGGCAGGACGCUGAGGUGAAGCAUCGCUGGUGUGAGCUGGUGGUGAAGCAUAAACACACAGCCGCAUAUAGAGACGUCAGGCACUUCCUUAUCCAUGACCAGGCUAUGGGCGUGUAUCUGUAUGGUGAACUAAUGCUUCAAGAAGACGGACGUCAACAGGCUUUAGCACGGCGCUGCCUGGCAGCCAUCAAAGAUGACAUGGACCAAUCAGCGCGCAGUGUUGUGGAGGAAAUGAUCCUGUAAUCUGGGAAAAGAGCAGGGUCCAAGCUCGGCGGGCGGGCCGUCGGCUCAGGGGAAGCCGUAGAGGGAGAGCCCUCGCCUGUAAAGCUGCUCUCAGCCCCCUUCUUCAACAAGGAGCUAGUGCAGCGCAUGCAGCACAGUGCACGCAGGACCACCGACGGUGCACUUGGUCAUCCAGAAAGAUCAGGAAGCUGUGAACUUUGACCAAGUGGAACUGUUUUUGUUUUUGUGUUUGGAACUUUUGUACUAGAAAUGAAUAAAAGGGAAUUGAAUUGAA